AUGGAAGGCGUGUCUCGGACUCCUCCUUUUGCAUCAAUCACGGACAGUGAUCAUGGUGCAUACCUUCUUCUCGUCAAUGUCUCCUUGUUGAUUGUGCUGGCCUUCUUCAUCGCGGCCAAAAUAAGCUCGUCGAUCUAUCUCAAGCGGCGGCGAACCACGACCAGCUCUCCAAUUUACGUCGGAACGGUUGUUGCCAUCAUUCAGACAAUCAUACUCCAGUAUGCGGUCAAAUACGGCUUGGGGAAGAAGCAGGACUCCCUGACUGCGGAGUCUUUCGAAAAGUACAGCAAGUACAACUACGCUGCUCAGCUGCUUCAUAUUAUCCCGGUCGCCUUAUCCAAACUAUCGACAACGCUCUUGGUGCAUAUAUUGACCCCGCGAAGAGGUUUGCAAAAGGCAUGUCUUGCCACAAUAGGAGCGAUAGGCGUCUGGGCAGUCUUUGCACUGUGUGCGAUCGCUUUUCAAUGUCCCCUGCCAGAUGUUUGGUUGUAUCGACCGGAUCGAUGCACGACAAAGGGCGCCUUGAUGUACCUCGUCGCGAUCAUGAACAUUCUAACCGACGUGGCCAUCCUCACCCUUCCCUUCUUCAUGAUGCACAAGGUCCAGAUGACUCAAGGGAAAAGAGUAAAGAUUCUCGCCGUCUUACUCACAAUCGGCCAACUGGUGACACUGCCACAGUCCUUGACUUCAUCUGAUACCACAUGGUCCACCGUCGCACCGUCAACUUUUGCCCAAGCAAACAUGUACACGAACCUCAUCGUCGCCUGCCUACCGACCCUCUACCACAUCUUCGCCGGACUACACUCCGGUCUCAUCACGACCCGACUACCAGACAAUGUCGAACUAUCCACACGACGGAAAGGAAGCAGCUACGGCAAGCAGACGCCGCUCAGCGCCGAGAAACGCCGCAGCAUCUAUACAGGGUUUGCGUUUGGGAACGGCGACUCCGUAGUGACCACCAACGUCCGAACAGAUUCCCGGGAUCGCCGAUUGAGCCGAAUCCCCAGUGAUGAUAGCGAGGGCACGAGCGCCAGCACGAAACAGUUGACGAUGGAAUCACGCAGGGACGGGGUGCUCAAGACAGUGGACAUUCACGUCCAUGUGGAGCACGAUUCGGAUUAG